ACCUAAAAAAAAACAAUUAAUUAUAAAUAUAAAAUGUCAUUCGAUAUGACUUUUUCUUCUUCACCUUCCUCAGAACGCGUUUGUUACUUGCAAUGUAAUUUUUGCAACACCAUUCUUGCGGUUAGUGUUCCAUGCAGCAACAUGUUAACCUUAGUGACAGUAAGAUGUGGGCAUUGUGCAAAUAUGCUUUCUGUUAAUAUUGGAUCUUUAAUUCAAGCUCUACCCCUUCAAGAUGUUCAAAAGCUGCAAAGGCAACAGUACACAAAUGUUGAAAAUAAUUCUAGUAAUUAUAAAGCUUAUGGUUCAUCAUCAUCAUCCUCUUCAAAGUUCAACAGAUAUUCUUCCAUUGUUUCUCCUCAAAUUGAACCUAAAAUCCCUUCGAUUCGUCCACCAGAGAAAAGACAACGUGUUCCUUCUGCGUACAACCGAUUCAUCAAGGAAGAGAUUCAAAGGAUCAAGGCCAGUAAUCCUGAUAUUAGCCAUCGUGAAGCUUUUAGCACUGCUGCCAAAAAUUGGGCACAUUUUCCACAUAUUCACUUUGGACUCAAGCUGGAGGGCAACAAAUAGCGAGGGAAAAAAAACUUUAAUAUAUGAUAUAUACAUAUAUAUAUAUGCAUGUCUUUUAUGUUGUUUUCGUCGAAGAUUUAUCAAAAAUAAUGUUUUUAUUUUUUAAAAAUUACUUUUUUUUUAGAUUUUAUUUAUAAAAAUAUGCUGAAUAUGUUAUUAUUAUUAUUGUCCUCGUCUUAAUAUUAUUUUCAGAGUUGUGAAA